UUCGUCAAUGUCCCCUUCCCGUCGAACUCCACCAGGCGAACCCAAAGCGGAUACCCCAGCGGGGGAACUGCCACACAACUCCGUGUCAGUCGCCACCAUACGUCGCUCCCACUCCAGUCAUCGCGCAGAAGAGAAUGGUAUUUGUUUCUUUUACAAGACCCUGAAGGUCGUGGUCCUACAAGUUACCCGCACCAGCGCUGUGAGUUUCCACAAGCCUGUUAAAAGGUCCAAAAGCUUUGCUAAAAUGGUUCUACAUUCAGGCUCGGCAUUUGGGUGGCAUCUGAGCUCUCAACACCAAGGAGAUCAUGAUUCCUUUUAACCUUUACCUAAGAGUGCCUGCUUGAACAAGCGUUACGCUUUAACAGCUGUUAAAGGCUCAAUUUCCAUCCCUUUGCAUGCUGUGUUCCUGGAGGCGUUGCAAAUUUACAAACCUGCAACGCUGUUCUCCAACACGGCUCACGCUAAUGCGUAUCCUACGAUUACUCUAGUUUCUAGAACGAUAUGGUUAGUGUUUAGGGUGGUUGUCUAGGUUCUCGAGCAAGAACAAACGGUUGACACUUCCCCCCGCCCAUGAUACACUUUCCCUUUAGCCACCUGGAAUUUGAGGGGAACAGGCGGGCGGGACUUUCACGUCAGGAAAAGGUCGCCUUGGAGUGCCUUGAACCUUGUCUUGCAUUUUGACGCUCUACCCAGUUAUUUGCGUUUUUGCGUUUAUAUGGUGAUGCCAUCAACCAUGCCAGCCUGUGAUGCUUGUUGAUGCUUCGCUCACACCUUUCUCGUCAGAUGUGCUCCACAGCAUGAGCAGUUUUGCUUCCGAGCAGUUCUAGGGUGUGUAACAAAUGUUAGAGGUGAGAUUCUGAGACACGAAAUCUCUUCUUUUUUUUUGUUCCGAAACGUUAGAGGUGCCUACUUAGUGUGCUAAGGCCUCUCAGUCGAGUGAAUGGAAGGCGUUUUAAACACGGGGGGUUCUGACCUCCAGGACAACGGGACCUUGAGAGGGAGGACCCUGAAUAGUCAAAGUCCCGCGCCGCCAGAAACUAAUCCAUAUCAAAAGCCCGGAAAUCCGGUACGGCGACUACCUAUUAGUAACGCACCUUUCCGCUCGACGGACGGCGAGCAGACCGAGACAUCCGCCAUGGCGCGGUGCCGAUCAUGUGGUUCGAUGGUGGAUGUGGAAGGCAAAGGGAAGCAGCAAUCCCGGGGGUUUGCCAAAUGCGCACGCGUGUUUAUCGGCGUCGGGUUAUUAACGAUUCUCGGGAUCAUUCUGUACCGGACACUCGCGGCGUAUCCGGAAUACCGGCUCUUGUCGUCUGUCUCCACCGCGGACGAGCUUUCUAAGGCCAGCGACUGCAGCGACACGGCAGCAUUCGAGCAACGGAUGCUCCAGGACGCAGAGCGAGCGUACGUGGAAGCGACGGAGGUGCUGGCGGAGGCGUUCGGCGGGGUGACGCAGCCGAGGGAAAUGGAGGUGAAGCGCAUGUGGGACUUCAUUUUCGUCCCCACCUACCCCUGCCCUCGCGAAAGGCGCAUUGGCCGCGCUGGCGAUGGCGGCAAGUGGACGUGCGCCAUGAGGACGUUCUUCUCCAAGCCAAAGAUCACCGUCUUCAGCAUUGGUAGCCACGGCGACCCCAGCUUCGAGAAAGCCGUCCAGAAGGUGAUCCACGCCAAGCCCUUCACCUUCGAUCCGUUCCUCAACGUGACCACUCUCGCCGAGAUGCAAUCCCAGCCGUUCAUGCGCUUUCGGAACGUGGGGCUGGUGGGGUUGCGGACCAAGGCGAACGCGACGCGGGAGUUCCCGGGGACCAAGUUCGUGACACUUGAAGAGGCGAUGCAGCAUGAGGGGAGGGAGUACAUCGAUGUGUUUAAAAUUGACUGCGAGGGGUGCGAGUACCCCGUGCUGGAUGACCUCAUGGAGCGAUACACUGCCAGGAGGAACCCCCCCAUUGGCCAGCUGCUGAUCGAGUUUCACGGUGCAAGCACACUGCGUCUGAUGGAGAAGUAUUUCUACGGCAUUCAGAACAUGGGUUUCCGGCUGUUUCACGUGGAAAGGAAUGCCUAUUUUCCGGGGUAUUGUGCGGAAUUCUCCUUCAUCCACGAGAGCUUGCUCCCUGUAGAAAAAGAGGAUGCAUUCUCUUACUAGCAGUGAACCAAAACAAUUAGUGUUUCUCUACACUGCACUGCUGUCACCUUCCUACGCGAAUUGCUCAUACUAAUAAUGUGUCACGCAGAUAAUGCCCUUCAUAUACUGUAGAAUGCUGAUUGCAUUGGCCAUAGGUUACAGCGCCAAGCACUGCCAUGGUAUGCUAUAUCGAGAUGGUUCUGGUUUAGUCUGUUCAGCCUUUCAUAUAUUG